GCUGGCUCCGGGGCGCCCGGGCGAGCGUCCCGCGCUGGCGCGGCCAUGGCACGGAGCGUGGCGGGGUGGCUGGGCGGCUGCCUGCUGGUGUCCGCAUUGGGAAUGGUACCACCUCCUGAAAAUGUUCGGAUGAAUUCAGUUAAUUUCAAGAACAUUCUACAGUGGGAGCCACCUGCUUUCCCCAGAAAGAAUCUGACUUUCACAGCCGAGUACCUAAGUUAUAGGAAAUUCCAGGAAGUAUGCAAGAACACUGCCGCCACGGAAUGUGACUUCUCAGUUCUCUCUAAGUACGGCGACCACAUCUUGAGAGUCAGGGCUGAGUUUGCAGAUGAACAUUCAGACUGGGUAAAGAUCACCUUCUGUCCUGUGGACGAUACUAUUAUUGGGCCUCCUAGAGUGCAGAUAGAACCGCUUGCUGAUUCCUUACACCUGCGUUUCUUAGCCCCCCACAUUGAGGGUGAACCUGAGACGUGGACCAUGAAGAACAUCUAUAACUCUUGGGCUUACAAUGUACAGUGUUGGAAAAACGGGACUGAUGAAAAGUUUCAAGUUACUUCUCAGUAUGACUUUGAGGUCUUCAAAGACCUGGAGCCAUGGACAACUUACUGCAUUCAGGUCCAAGGGUUUCUUCCUGACCGAAACAAAACCGGAAGGUGGAGUGAGCCUGUCUGUGCCCAAACAACCGAAGACGAAACAACCCCUUCCUGGAUGGUGGCCCUCAUGCUCAUUGGUUCGGUCUUUGCCGUCUUCCUGGCCCUGGUCGGAUGCUUCGCCUUGUUGUGGGGCAUUUAUAAGAAGACCAAGGACACCUUCUCCUCUGGGACUUCGCUUCCUCAGCACCUGAAAGAGUUUCUUGGCCACCCUCACCACAACACGCUACUGUUCCUGUCCUUCCCACUGUCUGAUGAAAGCGAAGUGUUCGAUAAACUAAGUGUCGUCACAGAAGACUCUGAGGGCAGCAAGCGGGAUCCUGGUGACCGCAGCAGCCUUGGGGCCCCCUCUGAGCCAGGACUGUCAGAGCUCUGUUCCAAGGAUGAAACCCAGUCAGCUGGACAGAGUGACCCCUGCUUCUCACAUCUGCCUCAGGAGUGUUAUAAGAAUGCCCACUUGUGAGAAAAAAGCAACAAGUCUAGGACUUUCUGGCACUGGAUUUAUCGAGGCAACAAAGGAGCUAGUUUUUAAAGACUCAGAUGAUAAAAUUCCUCCAUGUGGGGAGCUCACUGCUUUAUAAAGACUUCCAUCAUUUAGAGGCUGGGCUUGGGGCUCAGCUGGCCCCUGCCUACUAUGCCCAAAGCCCUUGGUUCUACAGCUAGCACACUUGUAACCUCAGCAUCCAGGAGGCGGAGGCAGGAGGAUCCGGAGCUCAGCAGCAUCCUCCGUUACAUAACUGGUUCUCAGGUAACCUGGGCUACAUGAGACCCUGUCUCAGAAAAAGAGACUUUAAUGCUUUUUUUUUUUUUUAAUGGCAACAGAAAAAUAAAUGGCUUCUGAGAGUGUAAUUUUGAGCCUUUGUGCUCACAAAAAUAAGGAUCAUGUUUUAAAUUGUGAGAAACAAACAUUUUAGGUAAGGGAUAAGUGUAGAGAUUCCAUGAAAUCCUAAGAGUGCCCACAGUCCAGAAAAUCCAGCGUCAUCUCAGAAGUGGUCAGCACGCUACCUACACAGGACGUGCGUCAUAGGAGGGAGAAACGGACACCAACAUAGAAGAGUAGGAAAGAAGGGAUUUAAUGGAGGGGGAAUUCAGGAGGGAGGAAAAGAAGAGUGAUGGGAGACGAUUAUGGUCUUUGUAUGCGCUACUUUGAAUUAAGUAUCCCCCAUAAACUCAUGUGUUUUUGAAUACUUGAUCCCUAACUGAUGGCGUUUUGGGAGCUGGAGCCUUGCUAGAAGGGGUGGGCUUAUGGGGGUUAGAGGCAGCUCCCCUUGGCUGGAAUCCAGCUCACUCCCCUCUACUCUUUGCCACCUGCUGUGGCAAGGAGGUGAUGCCCAGCUUCUGCUCUGCUGCCUUUCAGUGCCCCUUGAGGCUGUAAGCCAAAAUGAACAACUUUCCUCCACCAGUUGUGCCCGCAACAAGAAGGUAACUGUAACGCGGUAUAUUGUCUUUCUGUAUAUCUAGGCUGUCAAUAGGUAUAUUUUUUUAAGUGGUCAGCACCACACUGGACAGGAAUGGACUUUUUGGACUCUCAGACUUCAAAAGGAUUUAUUUUCCAUGAACCUCUGGUGUCCUCUGGAAGCUUUACCCUCUACUCAGUCUGUGUGUGUGUGUGUGUGUGUGUGUGUGUGUGUGUGUGUGUGUGACAGCUUUCCACUGUUGCGACAGAGUGCCUGACAUAAAUAAAAGGAAGAAAGGUUAA